UAUAUCGAGAUCUCUUCGAGAUUGGAAUGUGAGCAGAGAAAGGGAAACAAAUUCGUAGUUUCUUUUUUUUUCUUCUUCGAACAAAAUUGGAUUGUGCUCCUUUUUUGGACUUUUGCUGCUGCGCCUUUAAACCGAUCUCGAGCGCUGCCAGUGAAACAAGUUUAACAGAGUGGAGCUCUUGGUCUUCCUCUCGAUGAGGGAUUUUGUUGGCUGCCUCGCGAACCAAGCGGCGAUGGUCGCAGAGGCCACGUGCUCGGUGAACACGAGCGCGUCGGCCAUGGCGGAGCCCACCGUCCAGGACGCCAUCACUUGCUUCUACCGCACCGUCCUUUCCUCCGGCAAGGAGCUGUUCACCCAAGUCGUUUGGUCCGCCAACCAAGUCGGUGGCGCUUUCCUCUCCGUCACCGUACAGUAUGGAAUUUCACCCUCGAAACCCCACGCCUAUUUGGUGAGGAAAAAGAAGGGCAGGAGGUCCUUCGCUGCUGGCGACUCCGCCAUCAGCCUCCACUGGGAUACCUCUGCCGCCGCCUACGAGUCGGGGCCCGAGCCGAGCAAGGCCUUCUACCUCGCCAUGGUCGCCGACGCUGAGUUCGCGCUGCUGCUGGGCGACAUGUGCGGGCGAUUCAUCGAGCAUUUCGGGGCCACGCACCCGAUCGCGGCGUUUUCGAUGGUGAGCCGGCGAGAGCAGGUGAGCCGGCGGGAGCAGGUGCCCGGCGAAACUCUCUACUCCACCAAAGCGGCGCUAGUCGACGGCGGGAAGGAGCACGAGAUUAUGAUCCGGUGCAAAGGGGAUGAGCUCAACGCCAAGGAGUCGGAGCUGUAUGUAGAGGUCGACAAGAAGGAGGUGGUCAGCGUGCGGAGAUUGAGGUGGAAUUUCAGGGGGAAUCAGGCCAUCUUCGUCGACGGUUCGACGGUGGACGUGAUGUGGGACGUGCACGGAUGGUGGUUCUGCGACUCCUCCCGCUGCGCCAUGUUCACGUUCCGGCGGCGGAGCGCGAUGGAGAGCCGACUGUGGCUGGACGGCGACUUGGAGCAGGGGUUCUCUGCUUUCUCCCUCUUGAUCCAUGUCUUCAAAAACCAAUGAAACGAAUCAAUGUCCAAAGUCGUAAGCUUUUAAGCAGGUACGUGCAUGAUUGCUUGGCAAUCUUCUACAUUGUCCAUGCUCUUUCGCCUUCUUAAACGUUGGUAAAUGGUGAAACAAAUAAUGGGGCAUUCGUCAAUAACUUGAACCAAUUCCUCCCUGUUUUUGCAUAUAUAAUUCUCUGUUUUGGACACUGCCAUGGAUCGAUCGAUGAUCUAAGUUUUGGUGUUUAGCAAGUUACGUAGUUUAGGUAUUGCUGUGUCGAUGAUCUUUUUGGCGCUGAAGAGCAGCAUGAUUUACAUUGAAGGACAUUGGUUGGGCUAAUGCGCACCGCGGAAUGGUGUGUUUGUAGUCGGCACAUUUUUGUGUGCUGCAUGUGCUGGUUUUGGAUGCAUCUUGUUGUCCUGUGAGUUGUAAAACUACACAAAGAGAUUCUCCAGGAGAUGCUUCAUGAAUUGCGUGUGUCUGAAAUGAAUGGGAACAUUCUUAUUCU